AUGACGGCUGCAGCUCAAUCCUGUUAUAACAGCUUGGAAUCGAGGUCAAUCAUGAUGUUCAAUGAGCUCAGCCACCCUUUCUUGUUUAGGUUUGUGAGUAGUCGAAGAAGAUCAUUAUCGAAGGACUCUAUGCAAACGAGAAAAGUCCCUGUGGGUCAAAACGGGAACAUUCCGCUGCGGCGAACGCGGAAAGGAGUGCUCAACAAGACGGAGAAACCCCGGUGGUUGACUGUGGGUAGUAUCUUUGUUAAGAAUUUAGUGCUUUUGCUUGUUUUGGCCGGGUUGGUUCAGAUUAUUAGGAGAUGGGCUUUGAAAUCUGGGGGUGUUAGUGGGGUUGGGACACAGAUUGGAUUAACUGAAUUCGAGGGUAGAGUUGCUGAGGUUGAGAGUUUUUUGAAGACCACAGCUAAAAUGAUUCAGGUUCAGGUAGAGGUUGUUGAUAGGAAACUUGAAAACGAAAUUGGUGGGUUAAGGAGGGAACUGAAUGAGAGAAUUGAGGAUCAAACUGGGGUCUUGCAGAAUUCGUUGAAAAAAUUGGAAGAAAAGAGUGAGGGAUUGGAUAAGUCCUUGAGUGAAUUGAAGAGCGCCAAUUUGUUGACAAAAGAAGAGUUCGAGAUGAUGUAUGAACAAAUAAUAAAGGAGAUGAGUGAAAAUGGUAAGACUGAAAAUGCAGUGAGUUUGAGUGAUCUAGGAGCAUAUGCAAGAGAGAUUGUUAAGAAUGAGAUUGAGAAGCAUGCCUCGGAUGGGCUUGCGAGGGCUGAUUAUGCACUGUUUUCGGGCGGGGGAAAGGUUGUUAGGCAUUCCGAGCCCUUUCUUGGUGAAAGGAAGCAACUGGCUUUGACAAGUAGUCAAAAUGGUGUUCAUCGUGAUGCAGCCAAGAUGUUGAAGCCUAGUUUUGGAGAACCAGGGCAGUGCUUUCCAUUGAAAGGAAGCAACGGGUUUGUUCAGAUCAAGUGCGCACAGCUAUUAUCGCAGAGCUAUUACUUUGGAACAUUUGCCAAGAGUGUAGCAUAUGAUAGAUCCAGUGCACCCAAGGACUGCCGAGUCUCUGGCUGGCUGCAAGCUCGUGAUCUUGAUUUACCGGUUGAUGGCAAUAAGAUGUUUCUUUUGGCUGAAUUCACAUAUGACCUAGAGAAGAGUAGUGCUCAGACCUUUGAUGUGUUGGAUGCGGCAGGUGUUGGCAUUGUUGACACAGUCAGGCUGGAUUUCGCUUCCAACCAUGGAAGCCCUUCACAUACCUGCAUUUACCGUUUGAGGGUGCAUGGUCAUGAGCCCGAUUCUGUUUCAGUGGUGAAAAUGCUGCAUUCUUGACGCAUAUCAUCCUUUGCAAUCUGCAUUCCUCAUGUAAUUGUUUUUUUUUUUUUUUUUUUUUGUCUUUGUAUUUAAUUAAAUAUUACUUAGGUCAUUCUACUUGCUAGAUACAGAUUUGUUAUCGUGUUAAUGUUUUCUUCUGUGUAGCAAAUGAGUGUGAAUCUACUUGUAGUAUUCCAGUUAGGCUCUACUUGAAUCGAGAACAAUGAUCUGUAUGAAACUGAAAUAGAUAUGCCUUGGUCUCUUGGCAGAAAAAGUUUGAUAGACCACUAUAAUUGUUUGGGCAAUUCAACACUAUCCUUGCUUAGAGUAUAUUCAUUUCAUAGACAUGAU